UUAGAAGUACACCACCUAAAACAGCAACCUUUUCAAUAUUAGCCUACUUAUUUUCUCUCUUUUGUAGUGAUAACAGAAGAUGAAGGAACUAAAGAAAGAAGAAUCCUUCAAUCCUAAAGAAGAUAGACUUGUACAAGACUAUUCUGUGGAUCAUAAAGGCAAGGUUCCUCUCCGAGCUUCUACUGGUGUAUGGAAAGCCUCUCUGUUUAUUAUCACAAUCGAGUUCAGUGAGAGGUUGAGUUACUUCGGGAUAGCAACAAGUCUGAUCAUAUACCUAACCAAGGUGAUUCAUCAGGACCUUAAAACUGCAGCACAGAGUGUCAACCAUUGGGCUGGUGUAACUACUAUAAUGCCACUGGUGGGGGGAUUCAUAGCUGAUGCCUACUUAGGUCGAUUCUCCACAGUGCUUGUAUCAUCUGUAAUUUACCUUCUGGGUUUACUUCUUCUGACAAUGUCAAGAGUGAUCCCGAGCUGGAAGCCUUGCGCUUCUGGCUUAUGCCACAAGCCAAGGAAGGUCCAUGAGGUUGUCUUCUUUAUUGCCAUCUAUUUGAUAUCUAUUGGUACUGGAGGGCACAAGCCGUCUCUUGAAAGCUUUGGGGCAGACCAAUUUGAUGAUGAUCAUCCCGAAGAAAGAAGAAAAAAGUUGUCUUUUUUUAACUGGUGGAACUGUGGCCUUUGUUCUGGACUUAUAGUUGCCGUGACUGUAAUUGUUUAUGUCCAAGACAAUGUGAGUUGGGGCGCAGCAGAUAUUAUCCUCACAUGUAUUAUGGCUUCUACUAUUGUGAUCUUCUGUAUGGGAAGGCCAUUUUAUCGCUUUAGGAUAGCAUCAGGAAGCCCCUUAACACCAAUGCUGCAAGUCUUUGUUGCAGCUUUUACUAAGAGAAAGCUGCCACUUCCUUCUAGCCCAGAUCAGUUGCAUGAGGUUCCUAAGUCAGCAAACACUCAAGGAAGGCUUCUAUGCCACACGGAGGGUCUUAGAUUUCUUGACAAGGCUGCAAUUAUUGAGGACAAGCAGAGCACAGCAAACAAACAAGAAACCCCAUGGAAACUCACAACAGUGACUACAGUUGAGGAAACGAAACUCAUUCUUAAGACAAUUCCAAUCUGGCUAACUUCUUUACCAUUCGGUAUAUGUGUAGCACAGACAUCAACAUUCUUUAUCAAACAAAGCACUACAAUGGACCGCAACAUCACUCCUAGUUUCGUUAUCCCACCAGCCUCAGUCUACAGCCUAUCCGCCAUUGGAAUGAUCAUUUCAGUUAUAAUCUAUGACAAACUCCUUGUCCCAUUAUUAAGACGAGUGUCAGGAAACGAAAGAGGCAUUAGUAUCCUCCAAAGAAUUGGCAUUGGGAUGAUAUUCACAUUUGUGACAAUGGUAGUUGCAGCCUUGGUUGAAAAAAAGAGACUAGACCAUUUUCACAAGGAUCCAAUAAAGGGAUCACUGUCAAUGAGCGUGUUCUGGUUAGCUCCUCAGUUUCUUAUAAUUGGAAUGGGAGACGGAUUUAGUCUAGUAGGAUUGCAAGAAUACUUCUAUGAUCAAGUUCCAGAUUCAAUGAGAAGUUUGGGUAUUGGUUUGUACCUCAGUGUUCUCGGGGUUGCAAAUUUCCUUAGCAGUUUCCUGAUCACAAUUGUGGACCAAGCAACGAAAAAAGGUGGAAAGAGCUGGUUUGGUAAGGAUUUGAACCACAGUCGCUUGGAUUACUUUUACUGGCUGUUGGCAGCCAUCACAGCCUUAAACUUUGGCGCUUAUCUGAUUGUGGCUCAGCGUUACUCAUACAAAAGUGUUCAGGCAAGGGGCGCUGUGGCUAUAGCGGAUUGUUAUGAAGGUGACAGCAAUGAGGAAAUACCUUGAAUUCUGUUGACUUUAUUUGUCAAGAAAUGCUGAUCUGGUUUGAUAUCAAUCGCGUAUUAAUGGAAGAAGAUAUAUUACAGUACUGUGCAAGGAAAGUACUUCAAUAAAUUGCAGGUCAUAAAAAGAAUAAAGGGGAAAGCAGAAGUAUUUAUGUUAAUGUAAGUCGACUGAGAUUAUCUUUGGACUCAGAAGUGUAUAUGAAGUGUUUAUAAAUAGGCUAUGGAUUUGCAACUUUCUUGUUCUCUUUUUGUGUUAACAUACAGUAUGAAUCACUUCAGUAUAUAGUUUGCUUG